AACAGAUGCUGGUGAAAUAACAAGUUUAUUUGAUUCAAUAACAUAUUCGAAAGGAGCAAGUAUAUUACGUAUGUUAGAAAAAAUUGUUGGUUCACAAACAUUUCGAAAUGGUUUACGUGAAUAUUUAAAAGUUAAUGCAUUUGAUGUUGGAGAUCCAAGUUUCUUUUAUAAUAAAUUAUUUAAUGAUACUAAUGGAGAAGAAUUUAUGAAAAAUUGGUUAGAAGAAUUGAAUUAUCCAUUAGUAAAUGUAGUAUUAAAAGUAGAAAAUAAUGAAACAAUAGUAGAUUUUACUCAAUCACGUUUUAUUAUUUCGAACGCACUUGAUUCAUCACAUCUUAAUCAAACUUACCGAUGGAAAAUAAAACUUGAAUGUUUAUUAGGUGGUCAUCCUGAUUCAGAUAUAAUAGAUGUAGAUGCUAGUACAAUUGCUUUUCUUUUUGACACAGAACAUACAACUCGAAUUUUUCCUGGAAAAUCUUAUUCAUGGAUUAAAUGUAAUCGUGAUUUUACAGGUUAUUAUGUUACUGAAUAUUCAUCAUCAUCAUCAUCAGAUAUUUGGCAACAUUUAUCGACAGCGUUAGAAGGACAACCAGUAUUUUUUUCAAAUGAAGAUAGAGUUAAUUUAUUACAAGACACUUUCUUACUUAGUUAUAAUGGUUUAGUUGAUUAUAAGGAACCAUUACGAAUCGUACGUACAUUAAUAAAAAUGAAUAUAGAAGAAUAUGUACAUUGGAGAACAUUUCAAUGGCAUUGGGAUACAUUAGCUAAUUUAAUCGAUUAUUUACCUAAUAUAUUAGAUAAAUUUCAAACGUUUGCCCAUCAACAAAUUCUUUCCGGUGGUGAAACUCUCGAUACAAUUUUAACAUUAAAUCCAACUGAUAAUGAUAAUACAAAAUUAAUCAAAGGCUUAAAAUUUGAAUUUCUUUGUCGAAUGAAUCAUGCAGAUUCUAUCAGAAAAGCUAGUGAAUUAUUUAAAACAAUUCCAAUUCAAUACUUCAAUAAUAGUGAUAUUGGUAUUGGUAUUGGUGCAGAUUUCUUAACAACCGUUUAUACAUAUCAUUUGAAACAUGAUGAUAAUGAAGCUGAUUGGAAUAUGAUGUUUAAUUAUUAUAAAAUAGCUGUAUCACCACAAGAACAAACUCGUGCUUUAAUGGCUAUUUGUUCAACAAAUAAUGCAGAUCGUUUGAAUCGAUUAUUAAAUGAAGGAUUAGCAACUGGUGCAAAUACAAUUAGAAGACAAGAUUAUUUUGCUAUGAUGGGUUACAUGAGUCGUCAUGCAAUUGGAAGAGAAACUGUUUGGAGUUUUUACCGAGAUAAUUAUCAAAGAUUAGUUGAUACUUUUACACUUGAACAUCGCGGAUUUGGUAGAGUGAUUCUUUCCAUUACACAUUCAUUUCAAGAAUCAUCUUAUCUUCAACAAAUGAAUGCAUUAUUUACACAAUAUCCAAAUGCCGGCGCUGGAACAUCAGCACGUAAACAAGCAGUAGAUCAAGUGAAUAUGAAUAUUGAAUGGAUUAAAUCUAGAGAGCAAAAUCUACAUGAUGCACUUGAUGCAACAUUACGACAAUAA